UUUGACAGGCGAGCGCGGAGUUUGUAAACAAAGUUAACAUUCGUUUUCAAUAGUCGAAGACGUUACGAAUAGAGUCGUUGUCCGUGUGCUUUUAAUUGGUUAGCAUUUCGUUUAUUUGAUCGACAGAGGUGUUGAGAAGUUCAACAAAAGGUGACAAAGUUUCCUCUACAAAGACCUUUGAAGUCUUCUAUACCAGUUCGAGCUAGCGCUUUUAGCUAACAUGCUACAGUGGACGGACAGCAGCGUGACUGUGUGGGGAACAGGCUGCUUUGUGUGAGUACAGGCCAGGCAUGCAAGUAUUGAGCCGCCUCGCUAAAUAUCUGCUUCGACUGGGACGACAGAGACCAGGUGUCCAGCUGAAGUGUUCAGCGGCCACAAUCGACAUGAACCGGAGCAGGGGUCAGAUCAAGCGGGUGCUCUGCGUAGCCGAGAAGAACGACGCAGCUAAAGGCAUCUCUGAAAUUAUGUCCAAUGGAAGGUCCAGGAGGAGGGAAGGCCUUUCCAAGUUUAACAAGAUCUACGAGUAUGAAUAUAAUCUUUUUGGUCAGAAUGUGACAGUAACGAUGACAUCGGUGUCAGGCCAUUUACUGGGGUUUGAAUUUAAAGCCCCGUUCCAGAAAUGGCACAGCUGCAAUCCUGUGCUGCUGUUUGAUGCUGAGGUAGAAAAGUACUGUCCAGAUGGCAUGGUACAAAUUAAGCGUACGCUAGAGAAAGAGGUGAGGCAGUGCGAGGCCUUGAUUAUCUGGACUGACUGUGACAGAGAGGGAGAGAAUAUUGGCUUUGAAAUCAUCAGUGUCUGUAAAACAGUGAAGCCAAAUUUGCAGUUGUUCCGGGCAAAGUUUUCUGAAAUCACGCCCAAUUCCAUUCAGAGAGCUUGUGAGAGCUUGUCUGAGCCGGACGUUAACAUCAGCGAUGCUGUUGAUGUUCGCCAGGAGCUUGAUCUGCGGAUCGGUGCAUCCUUCACCCGGUUCCAGACUCUUCAUCUGCAAAAGAUCUUUCCACAGUCUCUGGCCAAUCAGCUCAUCUCUUAUGGCAGCUGUCAGUUUCCCACCCUAGGCUUUGUGGUGGAACGUUUCAAGGCCAUCCAGGCUUUCAUUCCCGAAAUUUUCUACAAGAUUAAAGUGGUGCACGAGGUGGAGGAGGAAACUGUUGAAUUUGGAUGGGAAAGGAACCGUCUUUUCAACCACACAGCUUGCUUAGUACUCUACCAGAUCUGUAUGGAGGAUCCCAUAGCAACAGUCACCUCAGUAACCAGUAAGCCCAAGAGCAAAUGGAGACCGCUGCCUUUGGACACUGUGGAACUGGAAAAACUGGCAUCUCGGAAGCUGAGAAUAAAUGCUAAAGAGACCAUGAAAAUAGCAGAAAAACUUUACACACAAGGCUAUAUCAGCUACCCUCGUACGGAAACAAACAUUUUCCCAGCAUCCCUUGCUCUAGCCCCGCUGGUGGAGCAGCACGUGCCGAGCCCCGACUGGGGGGUGUUCGCCCAGAGGGUGCUUGACCAGCCUGGGGGUCCCAACCCACGACAGGGCAAGAAGUCUGACCAAGCCCAUCCCCCGAUACACCCCACUAAAUACAGCAACACACUGCAGGGCAAUGAAGGACGUGUGUAUGAGUUCAUCGUCCGCCACUUCCUGGCUUGUGUAUCACAGGAUGCUUUGGGCCAGGAGACCGUUGUGGACAUUGACAUUGCUCAGGAGAAGUUUUCCGCAUCAGGGCUCAUGAUCAUUGCGAAGAAUUACCUCGACGUUUAUCCCUAUGACAGGUGGAGCGCUAAGGUGAUUCCAGUGUAUGAACAAGGCUCCCAGUUCCAGCCCUCUGCUAUUGAGAUGGUGGAUGGUGAGACGAGUCCUCCACAGCUGCUCACUGAAGCAGACCUCAUAUCGCUAAUGGAGAAGCACGGCAUUGGCACUGAUGCAACACAUGCUGAGCACAUAGAAACCAUAAAGAGUCGCAUGUACGUGGGCCUAACAGCUGACCAGAGGUUUCUCCCUGGGGAGCUUGGCAUGGGACUGGUGGAGGGUUACAACGCCAUGGGCUAUGAAAUGUCGAAACCCCACCUGCGGGCUGAAUUGGAGGCGGACCUCAAGCUGGUGUCGGAGGGAAGGAAGGACAAAUGGAGCGUGUUACAGCACCACAUUCAGAAAUACAAAGCUGUUUUCAUUGAGUCUGUCAGGAAGGCAAAGAAGUUAGAUGAAGCCCUGUCGCCAUAUUUGGGGCCUGCUAUGGAGAUCCCCGAAGCUGAGCAGCAAGACAUGGAGAUCCCGCUGCCUGUCAGAAAGUGCCCACACUGUGGACGGGACAUGGUGCUGAAGAAGAAGAGGGAAGGAAACAGUAAGUACCUGUCCUGUGUGGGCUUCCCAGCCUGCAAAACAGCUGUCUGGUUUCCUGACACUGUACUGGAGGUCAGCAGAGAUGAUAGCAUUUGUUCCACGUGUCAGCCGCGGCCCAUUCACAUGUUAAAGCUAAAGUUUCGGCGAGGCAGCCUACCCGCAAUGAUGCCUUUAGAGUUUGUUGGCUGCAUCGGUGGAUGUGAUGAAACUCUAAGAGAGGUGCUAGACCUUAAAUAUCUGAUGUCAGGAGGAGGAAGCGGCGGAGAAGACCCUCGCCCGAGGACCACAGGACCAGCGCCACCCCGAGAGCCAAGUUCAAACCCUACACCUUCCGCUCCACUUUCUGCCCUCUCUUGGCCCCCGCAGCCUCGUCCACCACCAGGGGGCAGUAGUAUCAACGCUGAAAACAACAGUGACGUUAUUGUGUGUAACUGUGGUCAGGAUGCAAUCCUGCUGACUGUGCGCAAAGAUGGCCCCAACCAAGGUCGCCAGUUCUACAAAUGCAAUUCAGGAACUUGUCAUUUCUUCCUUUGGGCAGAUCAGCCAAGGCAGCAGGGGGCUCAGCAGGGUCAGGGGCCUGCGCCGCCACCUCUAUCGAGGCUCUCUGAGCCUCCACGACCAUCUCAGGGGUUCAGGAACACCGCGGGAGGUGGCGGCGGCCGGCCUGAGAGGGGCGCAGGAGGGCUUGUGUGUAACUGUAACGAGGCAGCAGUGACUCGCACCGUGCUGAAGGACGGGCCGAACAAGGGCCGGAUGUUUCACGUCUGUGGGAAACCUAGAGACCAGCAAUGUAACUUCUUUCAGUGGGCUGAUGAAAACGCACCACCACAAGGUGCUGUUGCAGUCGGCGGGUUUAACGGGGGGAAGAAGGGAAGGAAGAUAACGGGGGACAAACCCCCCGCUGCCAAGAAACCUCGUUCUUGCGGCAUCUGCCACAUGCCAGGACACACGCGCGUCAGCUGUCCUCAGCGGUGACAGCAGCUACCCCCCUCUGUAGGGUCUGCGGCCCAUGACACGACUCUUUCCAUCCUUCACACACGAUGCAACACCUGCAGGGGACCCUCUUGUGCCUUCUUAUGACAUCGCCUCAGACAGCUACUCCAAAAGGAUAGGGUCGAGGAUCAAGAUGUCUCACAAUUUGCAGCAUUUAUUUUGCUGCAUGUUACACUGAUGACAUAGGAACCACUUUUAAAUCUUCUGCAAGAAGAUUCACAAGAGUCAACAGCUGUCCUUGGCUCCAGUGAAGCAUCCAUUCAUUGCCUUUCUCUUUAGUCAUCCCACCAGAAGAGCUUCACUCUGAGAGGAGCUGUCUGUCCUUUUAAAGGAAAAUGCAUUGGCACGCAAAUGAAAUCUUAAGAUUUUGCAAUUUUCUGCGUAACAUCUUUUAAAUGCAUAUUUUCUAUGAGUUGACUUAGCAGUGGGUGGGGAAAAAGACUUUUCUUUGGUUAUUCAUCUCUAAAGAAUUCAACUUUUAAUAUGAUAAACUGGGAAUAAAUAUGUCUAUUUUAGAGCAUUCCAUUGUUCCGUUGUUGUUUUGCUUUUGGUUUCAGUUAUGGUAAUAAUGUUCUUCUCUGGAAAUGAUUCAGUUUUGGUUUUACCCUGACUCAUAAGUCACACAGUUAAGCCGUCUUAGAUUGCAGACAGCAGCAAAAACGAACCUUUUCUACUUGAAACAUUGACAUUCCAAACGUUUUCAGGCUAAAUGGAAACAUAAGAGUUCGGAUUUUUUUACAAACAUAAAAAAAAACAUUUGUAAACAUUUGUUUUGUGGCUUUAAUAUUUCUGAAGUUUAUUUACAAUUUUCUACUGCAAAUCAUAUGUGGAAUCCAUUCAUAAAUCAAGUUAAAAAUACUGCAAAUCACGCAGUAUGUAUGCAGUAUGUGUGACCGAUGCAUGCUUCUAGUCACAUAAACUCUGUGCACUUUGUUGCAGGGUUUGUGUUCCCAGAUGUGCUGUUCGAUCCCUGCAGGUUUGAGGGGUGUUGCUUAGCGAGAAACGCAUGGAUUCCCGGUAUGGGACCUUCUUUUUUCAUUUUCUUGAUAUUCCAGGGAAGCAGCGCAGAUCUUUCUUUACUGGCACGUUCGGUGAGUCACGCGUGAGUCAUCACGAGUGGGCGCUAAUGGUCCUACGGUGUUGUUUUUUGUGCUCCCAAUUCCACACAAAUACACACACAUUGCCAGUAUCCGGGCAGAUAACAAGUCAUGUGAUACUUGUGUGUGUGUGUUUUCUUCUCGAUAGAGAGUAAUAACGUCUUUCUUACUGGAAGUGGCAGACUGCUUCCUCGCAAACGUCCCAUACAGGAGGAGGAGGAGCGCCUAAAGACGACGCUAAAGCGCGAUGACGUCAUCAAGUCAGUAACCUCUACUUCUAAAAGAUGCUCAAGGCUACGAGCACAUCUGUAGAGGAGUUUUGUCAAGUUUGGAAAACUUAACUCGAAUGAAAUACAUACUGUAACUCUGGCAUUGAGAUAUACAAUAUAUACUGCACAAACAGAAAAAAAGUGUCCCAUCUUUUUUUGUACAUGAGAAAUUUAAAUUCAAAUUUGCAUGUCAGGGCCUUUAUACCGUACAGCGCAUCCGAAGCAUAAACCAUAGUUGCUCUUUUACCACAUUUUAUGUGACAUCAUUAUUCCAAAAUGGAAUCAAUUAAUUUACUUCCAUCCACUUUCAAUGCCACUUAUCCUAACUAGGGUCGCGGGUAUGCUGGAGCCUAUCCCAGCUGACUUCGGGCGAGAGGCGGCGUACACAACUCUCGGUAUAGACAAACAUUCACUCUCACAUUCAUACCUAUGCCACCAUCAAGCAAAACUUCUUUGCAGGGCGGGACUUAGCAACAAGCUGCCUAUAAGUCGUUGACCAUUUGUCUAAUGACUCUAAAACUUUGAGGACGUUUGUAUCACAUGUAUGCUACCAUGUCAUUCAACGCAUUUUGGUCACAACCUAUAGGGGGCGCCAAAAAUGUCACAGUCACGUGAAAACAUUGAGGACACCCAUGGGCUGACAUUCUCUUAAUGAAAGCCGCAACUCACUUUUACGUUGUUAAAUAUUCAAGUUUGAGGUUUAUUAACAGUUGGGAUCACCCGAGACGGGUGUAUUUAAUAAUAAUGAAAUGAACUUGCCUAAUAAUACACAGGAUGACGUGAGAGGAGUCUGACUGGAUGUUUAGUAAGGCCAUCAAUGCUGCAUUGCUGCUUUUCUUCUCCAUGAUCUCACUUCUCAGAAAUGGUCUGAUACUUCCAGAACCAGUCAGCGUUUAACGGUGCUUCUUGGUGUGCGUUACUUGCUGUUUUUCCUCAGUGGGGUCUUUCAAAAUGAAAGACCAUUCAAUACUUUUGUUCCUAUGACCGAUGCUAUGGCUACGGUAAUGUUGCACUUUUUUUUAUCUCUGAUUUCCAUAUUUGCUGCACUUAUAGGUCAGAGGUCAUAGCAAGCAUGGAUCCCUGUUCAUCCCCUGAGCUGCUUAUCAACCCUUCCUGCUGUCUCAUCAUCAUCAUCAUCAUCAUCCAGCUUUUCUGUCGUUGCUGUAGAAACAGUUGCCAUGGCGACUGGUGCCCGUAAGUGAUGCAAGCAUUCCAGGUGCAUGCAGACCAUGACAGGAGAGCAUGUAAGUGCUUAGUUUUACGGUAAAUGAGGAGAAGAGUGGACUUGUCGCCCUCCUUGCAUUCAUCAUGUCAAACUACUCCCACAGUGGAGGGUGUGUGUGUGUGUGUGUGUGUGUGUGUGUUUGUUGGGGUGCUCAGGUACAAAAAGUUCCAGUACGGAAGUGUUGAGGUGGAGUUUACACACACUCUCUUGUAUGGCAUCAGCAAGCAUUGUGAGAUCUCUGUAGACAUGUUGCUUAGCAUUAAGAUGUAAGACGUAAGUAUCGCUUUUGCUCUUUCGUGCUAUAUUUGGAUCAAAGAUGGCCGCAGGGGUGAACAGUUUCACCAGAGUGAGUGCAGCGGGGCUUUCAUUUCAACUGCAGAUUGUGAUCUUUCCUGGCUGCGCAACUGUAACUACUAACAAGUGUGACUCCCUCCACCUUUCAGCUUUGGGCUGCAAAUUUAAGACUUAAAAGAUAAUUGUACCUUUUUAAUUGAUGUAGUAUUUGCUGAAAGACUAAUUUGGCUGUUGAGAUGCUCCCACUGUACGAAUCAUUAUGCUAAUAUAAAUAUAUAUACAUACAUAUAUACUGUAUAUUGCAUUUUCUUUGGCUUUGUUGUGGUUCCCUGAUAAAACAUUCAAAAAACAAUACAAGCAGUCGAUGUUUGCUAAAUACAAGGCAGAAGAGUCUUGAUCAUCACAAUGAUUGUUUUGUCAUGCUUGUGUUUUAUUUUUAUUAUUCAUUAUUACACUGAUUAUUAUAUAAAAUAUGACAUGAAAUGCAGGAAGUGAAUAAUAUGUACUGUACAAGAUGUGGAAUGGAUGGGGGUUGGAUUAAAUAAGCUUUGCCUCUUCCUACUCCUUUUGGACAUGUGGAACUGUGAAAGGAUAACCAUGCAGCCACAACUUACUGCACUGGACAGGCUCUGGUUGCACAGUACAACACGAGCAAUGCAAUUAAUUCAUAUAUACUUUUAUAAUUGUGUUAUUAAUUGUAUUAUUAAAAUGCAUCAUUUUUAUUCAUACAAGCAGCGCCACUAGGUGACAGCAUGGUUCUACAACACCUUCCUGUUCUCUCUCCAUUCAGUUGUCUUCAAAGGGUAAGGUUUUACUUUGUUUUGGUUCUGUUAUACAGUAGUUCACUUACAAAUGGAACUGAAACCAUUGCCUGUGCAGUUGAAUAAUGGCUUUAUGGUUGUCACUUUACUGUACUUUGGACUUAACUUGACAAUGUCAUCUAUGACUUGCAACUCGACUUGGACUUUGACAUCAGUGACUCGGGACUUGAAUCAGACUUUAGCCUGAUGACGUGAAAAUACUUGAGAAUUUUAGUGAGUGUGCUGAGUAAAAUGUGUCCCUAUUCAAAGUAUUCAACUAACCUGAGCAUGGUUAUAUCAUUUCUUGCGAGACGACUAUUUUCCCCACAGAAUCUGCCGCAUUGAACGCACCUAUUAGCAUCCAAUCAGGUUUAGAAACAAGCGAGGGCGUGGCUUAUAUUUC